CACACGCGCGCUCUCCUCCCUCUCCCCUUUCUUCCCCCUCUCCUGUCGCCCUCUGUCCCUCCCUCUUCCCUUCUCAGUUUGUGGUUGACCCAGCACCCCAUCCCUCCUCAUCCCCUGGCCACCACGGGCGCUCCACCUCCUACACCCUGUGCGGCUUCUGGACAGAGGGGACUCUGCACUGGCCCUCUGCGCUCUGCUUCCCGGCUGCCUGGGUGUCUCCAGGGAUCCCAGGAGGGUCUCACUGGAGGGCUGGGAGCCACCUAAUUGAAGGUGCUUGCGGUCAGAGUGAAGAACGCUGAGUGCGGAGCACUGUGGCAGCAUGGACCCCUGAGCAGAGGAGUCUUGCUGUAGCCCAGCUGGGGCUGGCGGGAAACAGUGCCACAAUUCACCUCCACUGUCCACACCCGACCUCCAGCAGGCACUGCCAAGGGUGCAGUCUCUGCCUUGCCAGGGCCAUGGACUGACAGGCAGUGUGCACCGAGGGGCUCCUCUCUCCCCAGAGCACCGGGCCAGAGAACUGUGGGGGUCACCAUGCUGGCACCAAGCAGCGGCCCCAAGCAGAGGACCAGGUCUGCCCUGCAGUGGAGGCAGGUCUCCUGGAUCACCUGCUGGAUUGCCCUGUAUGCGGUGGAGGCCCUCCCUGCCUGCCCUUUCUUCUGCAAGUGUGACAGCCGCAGCCUGGAGGUGGAUUGCAGUGGCCUGGGCCUCACCUCCGUGCCCCCAGACGUGCCUGCUGCCACCCGAACUCUCUUGCUCUUGAACAAUAAGCUGAGUGCCCUGCCAAGCUGGGCCUUUGCCAACCUGUCCAGCCUGCAGCGGUUGGACCUGUCCAACAACUUCCUGGACCAGCUGCCCCGCUCCAUUUUCGGGGACCUGACAAAUCUGACUGAGCUGCAGCUGCGCAACAACAGCAUCAGGACCCUGGACAGGGACCUGCUGCAGCACUCGCCACUGCUGCGCCACCUGGACCUGUCCAUCAAUGGCCUGGCUCAGCUGCCCCCCGGCCUUUUCGAUGGGCUCCCAGCUCUGCGCUCCCUCUCACUGCGCUCCAACCGCCUUCAGAGCCUCGAUCGGCUGACGUUUGAGCCCCUGGUGAGCCUGCAGCUGCUACAGGUUGGGGACAACCCUUGGGAGUGUGACUGUAACCUGCGUGAGUUCAAACAUUGGAUGGAGUGGUUUUCCUACCGAGGGGGACGCCUGGACCAGCUUGCCUGCACCCUCCCCAAGGAGCUGAGGGGGAAGGACAUGCGCAUGGUCCCCAUGGAGAUGUUCAACUACUGCUCCCAGCUGGAGGAUGAGAAUAGCUCCGCGGGGCUGGAUAUUCCUGGGCCACCCUGCACCAAGGCCAGCCCAGAGCCUGCGAAGCCCAAGCCUGGGGCUGAGCCUGAGCCAGAGCCCAGCACUGCCUGCCCCCAGAAGCAGAGGUACCGGCCUGUGAGCGUGAGGCGCGCCAUCGGCACAGUGAUCAUCGCCGGAGUGGUCUGUGGCGUUGUCUGCAUCAUGAUGGUGGUGGCCGCUGCCUACGGCUGCAUCUACGCCUCCCUCAUGGCCAAGUACCACAGGGAGCUCAAGAAGCGCCAGCCUCUGAUGGGGGACCCUGAGGGUGAGCACGAGGACCAGAAGCAGAUCUCUUCUGUAGCCUGAGUGUCCACCCCCAGCUGGCCCAGGUAGGAAGGGCAGGGAGAGCUUGGGCUUGCUCCGCUGAGGGCUGGCCUCCCUCCUUGCAGCCCCGCCUCACCUGCACGGGCUACCUGCCCAGACCCACCCUCCUCCCUGCCUCCAGUGGACGAGCCACAGCGUGGCCCUUGAACCUCCAAGUCUCCCUGCAAACCACGUCAUGCAGAAGGCCCUGCUGAUGUUCCUCUUUGGGAAACCUGGGGAGCUUCCCAAGCCUCUAGCUGGAGAAGGAAAAGAUGAUGUGCAAGAGGAGGGUCUGGACUGGGCAAUCCCUGGCCCUUGCCCUCGGGCAGCCACAGCAGGUGGCUUCGCCUGUCUUCAGCUCAUCCCCACCUCAUCCACACUUAGCAGGUGGGGAGGGAGCCACAUGGGGGAAAGGGGAAGAUUUCUGAGACUCUCCCCUAUGCCAGAAAGAUAUCCUUAAUCCCCUCACAGUGUGAAAGCUGGGGUCCCGCUUCCAACUGCUGGUUGGAAGUGCAGACACACCGGCCCUGUCGUCUGGUCCCAGCACUUAGAAAAACGAUGCUGAGAUUCUAGCACACUACCUUGGCUGGUGCCACCACACCCCAGCCUGCUCCAGACCACACUGACCGCGCUGCUCCUGGAUUCACUAAUUCACACCCACACCCCCCACAUACUCACACCCACCCUGUCACACAGAGACCGAGGCCUUGAGAACUCCGGUAGGAGAGACAGGCUCUUCCCCUUGGCCCUGAGGCCACAGAGCCUUUUGCUUCCUGCAAUCUUCUCAAGUCAUCACCAAUAACACAAGGAUCCUCUGAGAUCCUCUAAAGUGGGCCAACGUGGUGCUGUUGGAUGAGACUUCCUAUCACCAUGGUAACCCACUCACACCUCUGCUGUGGGGUUUUCCGGGGACACCGGCCCAGGGGCCAGGACGUGGUUGUGUGUGGGGGGAUGGCAGCCUCUCAAGAGGCUGGUGUUGCCUCUGUCCUGCCCAAGCAUGCCAUCACUGCCAGGCUCCAUGGGGACACCCACUGAUGCCACUUCUGUGCCCUGCAGCCUGGCACCAUUACUCUCCACUUCUCACCCCUCUAUCCUCAGCGCCUUCCAGCCUGUGUCCUCACUGGCACUGGGAAGGGCUCUGUGGUUGGUGGUACCCUUUAGGGAAAGCAGACGGCAGGCAGAGAACACAGUGGCUCUCCCUGAGGCUUGCUGCCAGCCAGCAUGUCUCACACGGACUCUAGAACAGGGAAAGGACAGCCACAUUCUGUGCAGAGGCUUCAACAAUGGGGCCUCCUUUCCCAGGGUUUGUCUGCCCAACCUGUUCCCAGAGCACUGGACUGGGGCUCACAUCAGACAGUGGACCAGGGGUCCUAUCUGGGACUGUGACACCUGCCUCCAGGGCAGUACAGGUUUCUCAGGGUUGUGAGUCUCUUUUUCUGGCUCUGCCCCUCAGGGAGAGCCUGAUGUCAGUGGGCACUAACUCUGUCUCCUCAUGCUCAGAGCGGGUCAGGAGGUCUCGGGCUUGUUUCUGGCUCUCAGAAGGGAUCUUAGGUGGCAGAAGAAGAGGCCAGCCAGAUUGCCGAAAACCAGGGUUGUGAGGAGGUCAGGGAAGGUGGCGUCAGCUGGGGAGCCUCUGAGAAGGUCAUUCUCCAGGUGGACAGAGGGCACUGGGCUCAAGCUGCUUAUGGGACCACAGGCCUCCUCCAGGCCAAGGUCACAGUCUUCCUUCUUCUUUUGGCUUGUGGGCUGAUACCAGAACUGUGGGUUUUCUAAAGGGGCUGGGGGGUGGGAAGGGGAGGGCAUUGUCAAUGGUGGUAUCUUUCGCCUGAGACAGAAGAUUUUUAAAGGCAAAAUUAUAUUUCUGGUUUGUUGUUUCAGAUGACCAAUAAAGACUGUAUUUUCCUACGUAA